AUGUCGCUCUCUUGCCACCUACUCCGGCGGCGGCCUACCAAGCUCGCAGUCACCCGCCACUUCUCCACCAACGUCAUAUCGGAAUCUCCAUCAUCCCGUCGUAACCACCACGAAUUUCUUCCCCCGAGCUCCUACAUAAACUCUUGGAAACCUCCGCGUAACCCUAAGGAGGCCGCCGCGCAGCUGGCCUUCCUCCGCCGCGAUUACGACCGGAAGUUCAAGCAAAUCCGGAAGGAGUACAUUCAGGAAAUGGAAUUGCAGAGGAUCGAGAAACUACGAAGGGACGAGGCGAGAAAGGAAGCCCUGAGGAUAGCUAACGAGGAGAGGAAGGCCGCUAAAGCCGCCAAGAAGAAGGCGGAGGCUAUCGAGAGGCAGGCUGCUGAGGAAGAGUUCCGCGAGAUGCUGAUGAAAGAAAGAGGUGAGAAACUCGAGUAUUGGAGGAUGAGAGAGAAAACAGUUGAGGAAAAGAAGAAAGUGAGGAGUGAGCUUUUGCAUAGAAAGAGUUCGUUGUGGGUCGAUGAGUCCGAGCUUGAGAAGAAGAUAUUUGAAGCUGUGGUUGAUGAUAUCCCGCUUGGGCGUGUACGACUGCAAAAGUGA